AUGGUAGCAACUGUCAAAAGAACCGUACGUAUAACGACCAGACAACAUAUUCUAACAGAUCUACCUCCUGUAGAUAACUUUCCCAUGAGGAAAUGGAGUAUUGAAAUACACUUGUUAGAUGCUGAUAAUAAGGAAAUUCCAGCAACUAUUUUUGACAGAGUCGUUUAUCAUCUACAUCCUACAUUUACUAAUCCAAAUCGUACUUUCAAGGAAUCUCCAUAUACUAUCGAAGAGCAAGGUUGGGGUGGGUUCCCUCUGCAUAUCAGUUUGUUUUUGAUAGAGAAAGCCGGCGAAAGAAAGAUAACACAUGAUUUGAACUUUCUACAAGAUGAAUAUACUGCCGACCACGUUAUUAGUAUUCCAUUGAACAAGCCUUUGUUGACUCAAGAAUUGGCUAAAAGUGGUAUAGUUCCUGAGACUGCAGUUACAACUACUCAAGCUUCUACUAAGAGAAAAGCUGAAUCAACAGAGAGCCUGCCAGUGACUACUGCAACUGAACCAAAGGCUAAGAAAGUAAAGACUGCAACUGCUCCUACAGUCAAGGGAUCUAUUGACUUACAACAAUUAGCAUUUGGACUAACAAAGUUAAAGGAAGAUGACUUGGUUGCAAUCGUUCAAAUGGUAACAGACAACAAAACUCCAGAGAUGGAUGUUGUGAAUAACGUUGAGGAUGGCGAAUUCAUAAUCGAUUUAUUCAGUUUGCCAGAAAGUUUACUAAAAAGCAUUUGGGAAUAUGUUAAAGAAAACACUAAGUAA